CACACGGCGUUACAUGGCGUCCUUUCCAGCGACGCACUUGUUCGCGUUCUCCCUUUCUGACCCAUAGGAUCUUACAUGUUUUGACUUGCAAGCGCUGAUUUGAGUCUGUCAUCAUUGCGGACACAUUGCAAAAUGCAGUGAUUCACUGACGCGAAGGCUAUGGGUUCAGGUGCAUCCUCUCCGAAUAUUGCCAUCAUCGGAGAUUUUUCAGCACCAUUCCGAUAUGCGAGGUGUGUGGGACGUAAAUAAAAGAAGCGCAUGAUGUGGCUUUCCCUCAAGGAUGUUUGCUGAUGGACAGACUGACAUUCUUCUGGUAAUAAAAAGAAGAAACUGGAACAUACAAUCAUUUUACCUUCUGGAUAUCGGCAAAUCUGUCAGGCCAGAGUAUGCCAUCUGCACCAACUUACAGAAUCCUACGACCCCUCCUGCUUGGUAUCUUUUUAUUAGGAUGCUUUGUGACUUUGUUUUUAAUGUACAUCAAACCGUCUACGAGCUGGUUGUCAGGCCCGGUCGAGUCAGAAACAUCCACAGCCCGAGUGAAGAGCCUCCUUUCCACCCGAAGUGAGCAGAACCAGACCACCAUCCUGGUCUGGCUUUGGCCUUUCGGCGAAACCUACGACCUGAACGUCUGCAGCUCUUUGUUCAGCAUCGAUGGCUGCUUCAUCACCGCUGACCGAAACCUUUACAACAAAUCCGACGCCGUGGUCAUACAUCACAGGGACAUCACCAGCGACCUGUCCAACAUGCCACCGGCGUAUCGGCCCACGUUGCAGAGAUGGAUUUGGAUGAACUUCGAAUCACCUUCGCAUUCAUCUCAGUUACCUGGAAUUGAAAACUUGUUUAAUUUAACUCUAAACUAUCGGCAGGAUGCUGAUAUAGAAGUGCCUUAUGGAUCGAUUGUCGCAGCCCAAGGAGAGGAGGACUUCGUGCCGCCAAGCAAGAACAAGCUGAUUUGUUGGAUCGUCAGCAAUUGGAACCCAGAAACCUUCUUGAAAGCUAUUUUGUCUUGUUUCCAGUAG